UGUGACCCACCGCCGCUGAAAAACAAAAAAAUCUCACUUCUUCUUCUUCUCUCUCUCUGUCUCUGACACAUCGGGACUUUCUCCGACUCUGUUUCCGUCGGAUUUAAACACUUCAGACUUAACUCCACUUUUGGUUUAUCGUUUACGAAUUGUUAGAGAUGUGGCAAGUUAUUCUAGGAGCAGCCAUUGCUGGAUCCACUGGUUUUGUAGCCAAACGCUUAUUCAACCCUUUCUCUCGAGAUUCUCCUACUCCCGAGAAUUACGCUGAAGAGCAGGAACCAGUCACUCCUCCUGUGAGCAUUGGAUUUCUCGAUUCUCCUUGCGACAAAACCAAUGGCGUUUUCCGAUUUUCUAGUUCCGGGUCUACCGUUAACUCAGGAUCAGGAUCCGGGUCUUCUCCUGGGUUUAGGAAGAGUUCAGGGGUGAAAUGUAGAGUUAGGGUUCGUGGAUUGAUGAAGAAGAAGAAGAAAAAGAAUAGUGGGGGAUGUGAGAUCGAGAAGCGAUCUGGAAAUGUUGGUGCUUUUGAAAUGAAGAGUGAGGUUUGCUCGAAAAAGACGAAAACUUUGGGUGCUGCUUCUGCUUCAAAACGUGGGUCAUGUUAUAGUAAUCAAGAUCAUUCCUCUUUCAGCUCAGCACUGGGUGUCUGCAUGAUGUAUAUGAUGUCAGCAGAGAAAGGUGAAAUCAGUAAGCUGCAUGCAGCAACAGAAGAAACUACCAAAGUCAUCCAAGAGCUAAAAGAUGAACUCUCUAGGAUUAAAUCUUUACAGGGUUUCAAGUUUCGUGGCUGUGCAGCAAGUUCUGAGAAAUCUGGCCAGAUAGAUCUCAAUAGAUCAGAGAUGGUGAGUAGAGUAUCUCUCGAUAUCAAGUCAGGCAAUGAUGGAGAAUAUGCUAGCAGCGUCCUAACUGAGGAGCCAGAACAAGAGGCAGUAGAAAUGGAACAAUUAGAGAUGGAACUUGAAUCUGAGCUGCAGAAAUUGAACUUGGCUGAGACAAGUGAUGUUAUGGAGGAAUGUAAGGAUUUGGUUAAUGGAGCUGAGUCAUACCAAUGUGGUGGAAUAUCGGCAUCAGAGCUGGACAAGAAACUAAGCCACCUUCUCAUCGAACAACAAGAAGGACAGAUCAAUGAGCUUGAAGCUGAACUACAAACUACUCAGUCCAAACUCCAAGAGAAGGAAGCUGAGCUUCAAGCACUUAAGGUCUGCGUUAGACGCCUAACAGAGUUUCCUCUCUUGGACCGUUCAGAUGAUGAGCAUGAAGAGGACCUGAAUCAGGAUCUCUCAGUCUCAUGGAGCCAACAUAACAAAACUGAUCACGAGGCAAGAAAGCAGAUCAUUGGGAUGAAAAGGCCUAUGGAGUCAUCAUGUAUCCAUGUUUAAACAACUUUACAUAAUCCUUAAUUAUUCCAACAUCUACAUAGUAAGUUCUUUCAUAGACUCCAUCUUGCAACACCAAAAUGAUCCAAAUCUCUGAAGGUUCGUAUCAUCAAGUCAUGCCAAGGUGGUGGUCUGUGCAAACUAGACCUGACUCAGUUGAUUAGUUAUUCUUAUAUAUAAUAUAUUCACCAGAAGAAUCCAAGACCAUCAGAAAUCAUCAGUCCUGACUUGUCUAGAGAUUUAGAUUGCUAAUUUUAGUACUACAGCUAACGAUUAUGAAUUUGGGAACUUCAAAAUAUCUUUUGUUAGUGUGUUUGCUUGUGCAGGUCAAUGUUG